GUUUGAGUUUUUGAGAUUACAGAUUUCAGUCUCAUUUAGGUAUUUAUAAAUUUUGGUUCAGGUUCGAUUGAGAUCUUUACGGGUUCGGCUCAAAUUCGGAUAAUCAGUUUAAAUUAUUUUUAAAAAACUAAACUUUAUUAUAUACUUUAAAAUUUUCAAAAUCUAAAAACAAAAUAAUUUAUUACUUAUGAUUUUGAAUAAAUAGAUAUUUGUGAUUUGAGUAUUUUUUUUAGUUAUUUUAAACAUUUACUUUUGACUAUUUAUAUAUUUUUUAGAAAUUUUUAAAGUACUUUAUAUGUUUUAGAUAUUUUUAUAUGUUAAAUAUGAAAAUAAUUAAUAUUCAGAUAUAUAAAUCUAUUUUGGAUACAUUCAAGUAUUCAAAAUAUUUGGUUUGGGUGUGGUUCGGUUCUAGUUGUUUAGUUAUGAAAAUUUUGAACAUGUUUGGAUAGUUGAACUAUUUUGGUUCAACUACGUUACUACUUUUCCGGAUCGGAUUCGGUUCGGUUAUUCAGUACCAAUAACAAAAAGCUAAUUCCUACCAAAAAAAUAAAUAACAAAAAGCUAAUUAUGCCAGAAGCAAAACACGCCUUGCCGUUUUAUCCUCUGCAAACGGCAUGAUUUCGAGGCCGAAUAAAGCAAAGCGGCGCGGUUUCCAAUAUUUUGGGAACAGUUGCAAUAGUGUUUACCGUUUUAAAUUUAAUUCCAUCGUCUUCGAAUUUUCAAAAUUCAAAAAACUCUCGAGAGAUCUUAAACAACGUCUCUCUCUCUCUCUCUCUCUCACUCGUUCUCACUCUCACACCCUAACGAACCUCUGAUCCGAUGAAUGAAGAAAACGAACCAACGUGCGCUACACCAGCGACGCGGCCGCGUAAUCCUCCGUCAUCACACUUCACCGACAUAUCCAAUUUCAAAACUCCGCGGCGUCCUUCCGUUAUCAAAUCAAAUCUCGGCAACACUCCUCAAUUCUUCACCGCAUCUAAACAAACUCCCAAAUCUAUGUCCUCCACCUUCCGCCGUCCCUCACUCCUUCCUACUCACGCGUCUCGCUCCAAGGUCGCAGCUUCCUCGAGGCGGCUUAGGGCAUUCGAGCUUCAGCAAUCGCAGUCUUCUCGCAAGGCUGAGUUGAAUAAAGAGAAGAGCCUUAGAUCUCUCGCUAAGUCACUCACCGUGUGGCUCAAUUUCUUGUUCGAAAACCCUGAAAGUUGCGGUUGCGAUCCGUUAGAGAAUGGCUCUGCUGUUGGUAGCGUCGGAAAUGCGAAGAGAGAUAGUUGCGAGGCUUUGCGAAGCGGUAAAUCAGUGGGAGUGGAUACGAUGUGGCGUAGCCCCAAAAAGUCGAGGACUUUAGGUUGGUGUGGUGAGAAAGGAUCAUCCUUGAGUGGCUCCAAGUAUUCAACGCUGAGGGAGUCUUUGAAAGAAGUUUGUAGCUUAGAUGAUUUGAAGCAGAGGAUGCAGUUUCACUUGAGUUUGGGAAGUUGCAAGGAGAUUUUCGAUGUGAUGACCCGUGUUACCAAGAAUAUCGAUGAAGGGAGGAUAAAGAUGAAACCACAAUGCCUUCUUGUAACUGAUUUUGGACUGAAGGAGAAGGCCGUCAAGGCACUGAUGUGUUACAACCAAGUUUGGCUUCGUCUAGGGUUGUAUAUCAUCUUUGGCGGUGAUUCCUUUUUGUGUGACAGCGAAGUUAACUCAGAUCAAGAAACGGCAUUCUUGAAGAUGGUAAUCAACAAGCAGUUUUUCUCCCAUGACGGCCUUGCUAGAGCCUUUGCCUAUAACAAGAUGGUUGAGGGUUUAUACAGACCAGGGUACUAUGAAGCCCUUGGAACCGUGAUUUUGAAGAGGAUUCUGUUGCUUGUCCUUAUAUUAGAUAGAGCUAAAUCUCAAAGCUGUAUUUCACUCAAGUAUGGGAUUGAUGGGAUAGAUGGUGGCUCUCCCCUCUUGUUUUCAGAGAAAUCUAGCUUAAAGUCUAGCCAUCAACUUCUAAGUGAACUCCUGCCCUCUGAUGUAAUGCAUGGAGAAGGGAAUCUCCUAGCGCAUCUAGUGAUUAUAGGGUACAAAAUACCUUAUCAGCAGUCUCCUAUAGCUGAAUAUGAAUUUAGAGUGAGAGACUUGUUUGGUGACCUCCAAGAUGGCGUGCGGCUCUGCAGAGCCAUUCAACUACUUCUUCAUGAUCCAUCCAUUCUCACGAAAAUGGUAGUUCCAUCCGACAAUCGAAAGAAGAAGUUGGCCAACUGUAGAGUUGCACUUCAGUAUCUGAAGGAUGCUGGUGUUUCAUUGAAAGAUGACGAAGGAAUGAUGAUAACUAUAGAAGAUGUUGCAGAUGGUGACAGAGAGCUCUCUAUUUCACUGCUAUGGAACAUUUUUGUACAUUUGCAGCUACCUCUUCUGAUCAAUGGGAAACUCUUGACAGAGGAAAUCUACAAAGUCCAGGGGCUGGAACAGAAUAAUCAAAUUAUCAUGGCUACUCCUCUGGAAAUGCUCUUGAACUGGAUCCAGUCAAUUACGAAGAAGAAUGACUUCAAGGUAGAAAACUUUGCAUCAUUGGUUGAUGGAAAGGGAAUAUGGUUCUUGCUUGACUACUAUUUUCGGCGAGAAGUUUGCUGUCCUUGUCUUCACGAAGAGGAUCCUGGUGGUCAACAAGGCCCUCGAUCAGUAAUGUCCAAUACCGAUUAUCAUGAUGCAGUUCAGAACUUCAUUCUGUCGCAAAAGUUGACAGCACUUUUGGGAAGUUUUCCUGAGGUUCUACAGAUUGGGGACCUACUGGAACAUAAUGCAGUUGUUAGCAAUCAAAGUGUGAUUAUACUGUUGGCUUUCUUAUCAUCAAAGCUGAUCGUCAAGGAGAAUAUGGAGAAACUGAACUUUCAUAAGUUGCUGUGCUCUAGCUGUCAAGAUCAAGAGAAGAGAUAUUCGCGCAUCAGUUGCAGCAUCUCUGAAGCAGUUAGAAAUGAGGAACCGGACAGAGAAAACGGAGAAGAUGCUACUAAAACUUUCCAGGCAAUCAAAGCCUGGUGGCAGGAAAUGGCCUACCAAAAUUCUGUUGGAGAAGUUAGUAGCCGUACCCCGCAGGGUUCCUUGUCUAGGAAAAUCACUAUGGAUUUCGAACGAGGUGAUUCAAAAGCAGCAGUAGUCAUACAAUCGAAUUUCAGGGGACUUCAUGCACGCCGCAAGUUUAGGAAGAAAUUGAAAGAAGUCUGCUUCUUACAAGCUGCUAUUCGGACAUGGUUGUCAGUGAAACAUAUAAAAGUUCUUGAAAUAUUCACUGUUGAGGAAGUUACUUUACAGUUAUCAGAAAGAUCGGCCAACUUAAAAUCUGUAGCGAGAUAUGUCAAGUACAUUGUUGAACGGAGUCGCUUCCUCAAGUUGAGGAAAUCUGUUUUGGUCAUUCAGAAAGCUGUAAGGCGGCAUCAGCGAAACCUUCAUCAUGAGCUGAAAGCAGCACUCAAAAUUCAGCAAGCUUGGAGGAGUUAUAAAGACAAAGUUAUCUCUUCUAUCACUAUCCAAUCUUAUGUUCGUGGAUGGAUCACACGGAGAAUGUAUAUCAAUUACAAAUUGUGUUCCGUACUCAUUCAAAGAGCUGUAAGGAAGCAUCAGUGGAACCUUCAUCAUGAGAUGAAAGCACAAGUUAUCUCCUCUAUCACCAUCCAAUCUUAUGUUCGUGGAUGGAACACACGUAGAAUGAAUCGCAAAUACAAGUUGUCUUCCGUACUCAUUCAAAGAUAUUGCCGUGGUUGGCUGGCGAGAAGGAAGUUUUAUCUUCAGAGAAAAGCAACAAUAUGCAUUCAGAGUGCUAUCCGAAAAUUUAACUGCAUUAUGUCGUUUCAUGGCUACAAGCAUGCAGCCACAGAGCUUCAACGGCUCGUUAGAGGACAAAUUGUUCGAAGCAGGCUUCAAGGAGCUUCUUAUCUCAAUUCAAAACUUGACGAAGGCGUUUCCAGACUUCCACAACACAGCGUUGAGAUGACAACACAGCUACAUUCCGUCAUUAAACUGCAGCGUUGGUGGAGGUUUCUCCAUUCACAGAAUGUAAGAAGAAAAUCAGCAGUCUUGAUACAGCGGCAUAUUCGAGGUGUAUUUGCCAGGCAAAGAACUUCAAUGGAAAGACGUUACAUUGUCAUGAUUCAAUCACACUGGAGAGGCUACCUCACACGCAAAGCUGCAAAGGCUCAAGUUCUGGAUCUGAGAGUAAGAAUGCAAACUUCUGCAGCAAACAUAGAUGACAAGAAACGCUUGAUAAACAAGCUUCUCUCUGCGCUUUCGGAACUACUCAGCAUGAAAAAGGUCCACAACAUUCUUCACAUUUGUGAAACUCUGGAUUCGGCGACAAAGUACUCUGACAAAUGCUGUGAAGAGCUUGUGGCAGCUGGAGCUAUAGACAAGUUGCUAACACUGAUCCGGUCUGCAAGCAGAAGCAUACCUGAUCAAGAAGUUUCAAAACAUGCACUUUCAACUUUGAGACACCUGGCUCGUUACCCACAAAUGGCAGAUGAGUUAAUAGACACGAAAGGAUCUAUCCAGACAAUUUUCUGGGAACUACUCAGGAACAAAGAAGAAGCAUAUUUCAUAGCAUCAGAUGUUCUGAAGAAGAUAUGCAAAAGCCAAAAAGGCGUAGAAGCAGUUCGAAAGCUUCCUGCUUUGGUUAAGCGAUUACACGCCUUAGUUGAGGAGCUAACUCGUAAGGCAAACAUGGAGAAGAGGAAUGUUAAGGGUCAGGGUGGAAAAGAAAAGAGCGAGAGAAGAUUAAAGGAGGCUGUUGAGCUUCUGAAGCUCAUAACCAGCAGAUGACUUUGUUAGUUUGUGUUUCAAACUCUGUUGUGUUUCAAACUCUGUUGUGUUUCUGGGUUUAGUUUUGUUUGAAGUGCAUUGAUCAGUGCACUCCCACAACUAGACUUUGUUAGGUUUUCUGUAAUCAAACUGCUUCUGCACCAUUUCUUCUGUCUAUUGUCACAGCCUCUUGAUUCGUGUUAGAAUGACACACACAUCAACUGAAUUCACAAAAUUUAUGUCGUCAAA